AUAUUACAAUAUAUGGAUUUUUACCCUCAACGUUUUCGAGUUAAGGAAAUGAGGCAAAAUUUAACGCCGGAAUGUCACGUGUAGCACGUGCAUCGUUGGCCUCCGUCAAGUAUGCGCAUGUCAGCGCCAACUCAGAAUUUUUUGACAACCUGUCAUGCCAACUUGGAACCCCACGAGCGGGAAGCGUGCGUGCUCUGUACUCUCUUAUCUCUCUCUCUGCCUCUGAUCGAUUCAUAUUUGUGUUUGGUCAAUCUGGUGCUGGUAACAACUGGGCUAAGGGCCAUUACACUGAGGGAGCUGAGCUCAUUGAUGCUGUUCUUGAUGUUGUGAGAAAGGAGGCAGAGAACUGUGAUUUGUCCCAGGCGCUGGUGCUGGGUUCCUUUGAACCCACAGUGGGGCCCAUAAAAAAAUUGGCAGCAAGUAGACUUCCUUCUCGUGGGGUUCCAAGUUGGCAUGCCAGGUUGUCAAAAAAUUCUAAGUUGGCGCUGACAUGCGCAUACUUGACGGAGGCCAACGGUGCACGUGCUACACAGGAUGUUCCGGCGUUAAAUUUUGCCUCAUUUCCUCAACUCGAAAACGUUGAGGUUCAUUUUUCUUCUCCCCAUCGGCUUCCUUCCCAGCCGGACCCGGUGCUGCUUGCCGGAAUUUUCUGGAAUCUCGUGUUCCAAUUGGGAGGGAACAAUGAGGCUUUGAUUUGGUUCACGGAUGGUGAUAGAUGUGUGGGUGAAGCGAAACCGAGAACGAGAAAACCAAGGGGAGUGACGAGCCCGAUUCUGCUCUUCUUCUUUCUUCCCGCUGCAGCCACCCAAAAGAAAAAAAAAAAGGGAACCCGACAGCCUUCCUUUGAGAAACCGGUGAGGAAGCUUGGUUUUGGCCUUCUUUUCUUGUUCAAGAACAAGAUUGGAGCCUUGAAACCUUCCCCCCUGCUGGAAAUUCCGGAUCUGCUCUGCUCCUUCCUUCCUCACCGCCGGCUGCUCUUGAUUGUGGGUGAUUUCUGGGCAUUUUUCCGCCCGUGAAUUGCCCCUGCACUGCCGCCGGCCUUCCCCAACUGCAGCUCCGGUUUUUGCUGGAAAUUACGGUAUGUGGCAGUUUCUCUAAGUCCCAAUUUACCCCUUUAAUUGCUGAAUUUUGUCCAUUUAUUUGCUGCCCUAUUGUUGUCCGAAUCUCUGCUGGAGAAAUGGGGGAAUUUCGGUAGAUUUAAGUGGAAUUUAUGUGAUUGAGUGUUAAUUAACUGCUGUGAUUUUUGGAGAGAAAAUCCCGUGAGAAUAGGCUAUGGUUUUGCAAAAUUUGGAAUUUGGACUUACUGUUCACGUUGGGUACUGUUCACGCACUAAUGGCCAACAAUUAAGGGGGAUUUAAAUGAUUAGUUUGUGAUAUAAGAACGAAUUUGGAGAUAUCUGAUAAUGUGGAGAUUGAUAGAAUAGCAUCAUGAUUAGGGGUGAUCCUAAUGAUGAUUUCCCUUUGAAUUUGUGAUAGUAGGAUAAUUAAUUGUGGAAUAUUUUGAUUAGGUUCCCAAUCGUUCUGUCAGUUAGCACUAAGAUCGAGUCUUUGGUUUUAUGCAAGUGAGUUAAGUAAAUUUAUGGUAAUGCCCGUACUGUUUUUAAAAGCAUGUUUUGAUUUGUUUUUGAAGUAGUGGCGGGACUAAACCCAUUUUAUGCAAAAGUGAGUAUGACUGAUUUAAAGUGAAAUUUCUAUGCUUCUCAUUAAAUUGAGCAUGCCUACUUGAAAUUUAAUUGAUUGUCCCGAUGAUUUGAAAGUGAUUGGUGAAUUAUGAUUUUUCUGUUAACUCCUGCUUGUUUUGUCUCCGAUGUGGUUAUGUGAUUGAUGAUCCUGCUAGUGGCGGUUAAAUGCUAGCACAUGUCGACAUGUUAGUAAUAGAAUCGGUUCGUUCAACCCUGCUAGUGAGGGUUAUACACCAGCAAAUAGUGUGCCUGCCAAUGGGAGGUUUAUAACACUGGCCGUGACUUAUAGAGGAGACGUCUAUUUCGUUCCCGUAAUGUAUCCGUUUUUCAU